CGCGUUUCCCGCAUCCGAAUUUCAAAGUCCGAUCACAGCCGACAGGAGCCUUGGGAGCUCGACUCCGUUACAUCACGGGCUCGGAGGUUAAGGAGUAAUUUAUGCGGCAAUUACUGCUCGUACGUCGCAGCUAAUUCGUAUCGUUAUCGAUGUCCUUAACGAGCAUGCUUGAAAGCAGAUCAGACGUUUGCCAUUUGCAACGCGCAGCUACGUUGCAGCCUGUCGUUUUCAGUGGUGAUAUGAUAAGCAGGUCCCACUGGGACCGCAUAUAUUGUCACUUGUUAUAAUAUUAUCAUUUACCGCGUUGAUCAAAGAAAAAGUUGCCAAUAUGCCAAUUUUAUACAGCGUGGUGGCCCGCGGGACAAUUAUACUGGCGAAACAUGCUGCGUGCGUCGGAAACUUUGAGGAGGUUACGGCGAAGAUCUUGGCGAAGAUACCACCGGACAAUGACAAGCUCACGUACUCGCAAGGGCCUUAUCUCUUUCACUACAUCUGCGAGGAUCGCCUUAUUUACAUGUGCAUUACCGAUGAUGAUUUCCAAAGAUCCAGGGCAUUUUUGUAUCUCAACGAAAUUAAGAGAAGAUUCUCGGCUGUUUAUGGACCAGGUGCUCAAACUGCCGUAGCCUAUGCCAUGAACACGGAGUUUGGCCACGUUUUGGCCAACGAAAUGAGGCAUUAUAGCGAAUCCAAAGAUCUCGACAGAUUGUCUCAAGUUCACGGCGAGCUGGAUGAGCUUAAGGACAUUAUGGUGAAAAAUAUCGACAAUAUAGCGAUGCGCGGCGAGCGGUUGGAACUGCUUGUGAACAAAACGGAAAACUUGUCUGCCAAUUCUGUGACGUUCAGGAAGACGAGUAGAAACCUAGCGCGCUCCUUAUUUUGGAAGAAUGUCAAAAUCUACGUUAUUGUCGGCGGUAUUUUAAUUGUUGUGAUAUACGUGAUCGUCUCGAUAACGUGCGGAGGACUGGCUUGGCAAAAAUGUGUGGGAAAUUAAUGCAUAAUAUGUGCGAUACAGUUCAAUGUUCAAACGCCGAUCGAAUACACAUGGAUGAAAGAAGAUUGCGCGGAAUUCUAGCAUGAGACUGACGAGAGCGAUUAGAUCCGCGAAAUUGUACUAUAAUGUUUACAAAUUUAUUAUUAUAUCUUAGUUCACAUAAUACGAUAAGAACAUUGUACUAAGCGUAUACACACACACAUACACACACAUAUAUACAUAUAUAUACAUAUAUAUAUGUAUAUACACGUCUGCAAACCCAUAAUGCUUGUAUUAUGAUCAUUAUUUUACAAGAAUCAUAACUACUACAAUUUCUACUCUGUGGAUAAGACGUAUAUGCCUAUACAUAUAUACAUAUAUAUAUAUAUAGAAUAAGAUUCAUUUUAUUUUUUACACC